AUGAAUUUCCCAACGCAGCGGUACAAUCUUGCGCUUAGUUGUAUAUUCAACUAUUUAAAUCGCCGAGACCUUUGUGCUUGUUCGCUUGUAAGCAAAAAUUGGUGUCAAAAUGUCAGGACAAACAUUUGGAACAAGCCGGAUUUUAUUACUGAAGGAGCUACGUCUCUGCAAGCAUUUCAACAAUUUCUUAAAGCUAUAGAGACAAUUGCAAGUGAACAAACUAGGUCUUUAAUUCAAAUUAUUGAUGUUAGUCAGAUUCAAGAGUCGUUAUACGAAACUAUUGAUGAAAGUUGGUUGGCAAUAAUUAUGCAACGAUGUCCUAAACUACGUUCUCUUAUCAUUCGAGACUCUUCUUUUCUUACAACAACGUCGAUUCGUAAACUCUGCUCUAAUCUUAAACAGCCUCACGUAUUUCUUGAACAUAUAGAUCUUUCAAAUUCAAAAAAUAUUACAGAGAUAACGCUAAAAUCCUUAAUUCAAAAUUUUCCUGAACUUGUUCAAAUUACUCUUGACAAUUGCUCUGGUGUUUCCGACAGUUCUGUUUCUCAAAUUAUUUAUUAUUGCCACGACCUUCACACCAUCAAUAUAGCAAAUUCAAGGUCUUGCGUUACCGACACAUCUAUAUUUGCCAUCGCGAAAUUUGGAAAACAAAAAUUAAGAUGUGUGAAUUUCCAAUCACUACAAAGGAUCAGCGACAAUUCAAUUAUUGCAUUAUCAAAUUAUUGCAAAAAUUUGGUCUCAAUAAAUUUAAGUAAUUGUUCUUUAAUUACUUGUAAGGCUUUAGAAAGUCUUUUAACUGCUAAUAAGAACACUUUAGAAGAAUUUAUCAUUCAUAAUAUGAAAUCAAUUCCGAUUCUUGAAAGUUCUUUUAUUGAGCUACUCAUCAGAUGUCUUAAAUUAACGACACUCUCUAUUAGUCUUGGUUACAUAAUUCCCAAAUCAUUUGUUAAUCACUCUUCUUUUGGAUCUUCAUCAAAAUCUCCACCACUAUACACACCUAAAUCCUCCGGUAACGACGCUCAAUUAAUACUUGAUCUGUUUGAACAAUUCCAAAAUUUACAAGUAUUGUCGCUUCACAAUGUGCCGGAGCAUACAUCAACCGAAUUUUUGUGGAAUUUGUUUGAAAUAUGUGGAAGGUGUGGUAACUGUACGUUAAAGGAGGUUAAAAUUUAUAGAAUGAGUUAUGAAAGUGAUUUUAUUCUGGGUGGAUAUGCAAAAGUUAAGCAAAAUAAUGAAAUAAAUCAAGAAUCUGUUAGUAAUUUUAAUAAAAAUCAUCCGAAUGGUCCAAAUAUUAAGUUAUUGCUGUUAGAAGAAUGA